UAAAAGGACAUGAACACCCACGUGAACUGGACUCAUGAGGAGACUAGGGCACUCAUCUCUGUGUGGUCUGAGAAGAAAAUUCAGUUCGGACUUGGAGAAUCUGUCAGAAAUGAGAGAGUCUAUGGAGAAGUGUCUAACCGACUGGCUGCCAUGGGGAUGUCUCGCUCUGCUAAACAAUGUAGAGACAAGAUAAAGAAGCUAAAACUAGAAUACAGGAGAAUAAGGAAACAAGGUGAAGAAACUGGAGAUUUCACAAAUUACUUCAGGUGGUACGAUGCUUUGGAUUCUAUCUUGGGUGAAAACAGACUCAAAAGAGAAGAUGCUGAGCAGACAGCUACCAUAAUACAGAAAAUCAGGAUUUCUGAUGUGGAAACAGAUUCAACCCUAACAACAGAAACUCCUGGACGCUACAGCAACGCCGCCAUGACUUGCAAUGAAACACCUUCACCCACAAACAGUCAACAAGACUCAGGUUUUUACUCCAUUCAAGCAAAUGUUUUAGACGGUCCGUCUGCAAGUGCAUCAGUGAUGUCCACUGCCAUGAAAACAUCACUCAGAGAUUCACGCUGGUGCUCCUGGUCAAAAAGAGAGGUCCAAGCUUUGUUGACACUCUGGGCCAAUCCUGCUGUUCAAGAAGAACUCCUCCUCAAUGUGAGGAAUAACCAGGUUUAUACUCGCCUCAGUGCUGCACUGGAGUCCCUUGGGUUCAGUAAAACCCCUCAAAAGUGCAGGGAGAAAAUCAAAAAACUAAAGCAGGAUUAUAAAAGACUGAAAACCAGUGAAGGCAUUGGGAAGCAGAGAACCCGGACUGUUUGGUUUUCCAUCAUGGAUGAUGUUCUCGGCUCCAAGGCUGGUGCUUCAAGAUUUUUAGAUACAACAGAGGGCUUGCUGCUUCGCCAGACACAUCCUCCAAUGGAUGUAAACAAUACAGAUGACACCACGUGGCUGCCCGAUGAAGUCCAAGUGCUGCUUACCCUCUGGGCUCAACCCAACAUUCAAAAACAGCUUCUUAACACAGCAAAUAACGCUCAAGUCUUCACGUACCUCAGCAGUGAACUUGCAUUGGUAGGCUUUAACAAGACACCACAUCAGUGCAGUGUUAAAGUGAAUCAACUUAAAGAGGAGUACAGACAAAUCAAAGACACUGAAUCAGAUGGGGACAAUAAAGGCAACUGGUUUGUUAUUUUGGAUGGUGUCCUCGGCCCAGGCAGAGGAGCUUCUGAAGAGGAUUCAUCUGCUGUGCUGAAACAAACUACAUCAUCACAACAAGAGAAAGUGUCAACCCAGGCUGUCUGGACAUCAGAUGAGGUCAAAGUGCUGCUCACUCGCUGGGCAGGGGAGAGCAUCCAGGAGCAGCUCAGAUCUGAUCCAACAACUGAGAGAGUGUUUGCUCAGCUGAGCUCCGACCUUGCCACGCAGGGUUUUGAUAAGACCACCAGCCAAUGCAGGUCAAAGAUAGGACUGUUGAAAGAAAAGUACAGGAGAGUUAAGGAACACAAGGACUCCAAAACACAAAAAGGAGGAUGGUUUUCCGUCAUGGAUAAAGUCCUUGGUCGUGGAAUGUCAGAGGAUGAGACCAAACAAGCAGAAGUCAGACAUUCGGACACAUUUCAGCAGACUUCACAUGGAGAGAUUUCUGAUACAGAGAGACAAGUCUUAGAUCACAGCUUGUCCGUCUCAUCACUGUGUCUCCUGGUUCCCUCUCUGCGUCUGAUGUGCGCCUUCGCCUGGCAGGUCAUCCAGUGUUGUAAUGUGAUGCAUUAUGGGAAGGUAGAGGAGCUGGUGAGGGUGGUAGCAGAGCUGGCUCCAGAGCUGCUGACACCUAGAGAGAAAGCACAAAUCCUGCUUCGACUAAGGGCUCGGACGGUGUUGGAAUUGUGUCGUAAGGACAGCACAGCCAACCCGUUGAGGAUCCAGCCCCACCUGACGGUCAUUAAGAACCUCACAACUGGCUGCAUGUGUGAUCAGGAGGAGCGGGAGGAGCUGGAAAAUUCCAAGUCAAAUUUUGUGGAGGUCAUUCAGAGACUGCUAGAAGACACAGAGGAAAGGAGGAUAUUUUUCAAGGAAGUCUUUCCGGUCUAUUAUGGUCACCAAUAUGAAGCCAUAUUACAGACAUUAGUCUGGAAGUUCAUCUCUAGACUUGAUAACCUGCUGCCUGUUCCCGAUAUAAAACAGACUGCAGAGUGGCUCAGCUCUGUCCCCUCUGUCAUGGAGGAAUGUGGACGUCUGGUGUUGGACUCUGAUCAGCUGAAGGCCCUCCUGAAUUUUCACCAGCAACAAUCAGGAGUCACAACAACAUCCUACUUCCAAAAUCAAAACCUGUUUUUGCCAAGACUUUGUCUUCCUCCAAAACCAAACAAAAAACUUCCCACGGAGCAACAGGAGUUUUCUGCAGGUGGCGAGGAUGGAAGACCCUUUUAUUGUAGUGAGGACGAGGAAGCUGGAGAGAGAAACCAAACGUAUUUUCCACCAACUUUGGAAGGUCAUGACAAAGAAGAUGAAGGGACAGAGAUGAAAGAUGAGCAAAUGGAAGACCUCACUAGGGAUUUCUUCAAUCAUUCGACUUUAAAACUGCAGACCUGCUCUCUGUGUUCCUACUCACACGGCAAAGUGUCAGGUCUACUGCAGCACAUCAGAGAGGUUCAUCUCAAUCAGGAACCCAGCAGCCUUCAGUCAAAAGAAGCCGAUACGGAUCAAUCAAAGCCUGAAGCCGGCUCUUCUGAGAUCAAAUGCAGGGGAAACACUUGUGAGUUCUGCGGGAAGGUCUUCAAGUUUGUGUCCACUCUGCAGAGCCACAUGAAAACUCACACGUUGCCGUUCUGCUGCGACAAAUGUGACAAAAAAUACGCAUCUAUGGCGUCCCUGUAUGUGCACCAGCGGAAUCACACGGGUGAGACGCCGUAUCUGUGCUCCCAUUGUGGUCGAGGCUUCAAGACUUCACACAGCCUCAGCUCACACAUCAGUAUUCAUACAGGAGAGAGACGCUACAAGUGCCACAUCUGUGGGAAGACUUCCAUCCAGCAUCUCACCAGGCACAUGCGCAUGCACCGCGGGGAGAAGAACUUCCUGUGCACAGAAUGUGGGAAAGCUUUUCUCUCCUCUGGAGAACUGAGGCUGCACACGAGGUAUCACACCGGCGAGCGUCCGUACAAAUGCAAAUACUGCGAGAAAAGAUUCGUAGCUAAGUGCUUUUUGACGGUUCACAUGCGCAGUCAUACGGGGGAGUGUCCCUAUAAGUGUACAAUGUGUCCAAAAGCUUUUCACACUUUGAGAGCGCAGAAAAAACACAUGAAGAUACACUCAGACUCAAAGUCUUUCCAGUGUUUGAAGUGUGGUAAGAUAUUCAGGCAAAAGGACACUUAUAAAAUGCACCUUCAAACACAUGAAAAAGAGUGAGUCUUAGUCUUGUUUCCAGUGUUUGAAUUUGGUUGGUUGGUCCAUCCAAAAGCUUUUUUAUCUUCACUAGACAAAAACAUGGGUAUAAAUGGUUAACUUUUGCAUCUAAGUAUGAGUUUGUGUAUAAUACUAUCUACACAAAGCUAUAGUUUCACCCAUUUAUACAAGAGUCAAGCAUGGCGCUUUAAGGGGGUGUGUGAUUUUAACUAGAAGGUUCAGCUACAUCAUUAACAGCUCACUUUCAAUAGGAAGAAGUAAGAAUACUGAGCAUUCUCAGUUCUGACCCCUGGAUGCUCACAGAGAGGAUUGUUACCCAAUGACAAAUAACUCAGGUAGAUCCUCAGAAGCCAUUGGUGCUACGAGGUGAGACACAAGUGCAGCAGCCUCCACUUAUUGAGGAGAAAAUUCUCCCCACUUCAUGGUGUUUUAAAACAUGAGCUACACAAACAUAGUCACAUAGGCCUGCAGGGGAAAGCUCCCACAGCUCUUCUCCCUCAUUAGGUCAUAAUCCUGCAUGUAAAGAAAACAGGUGGUUUAUGUUUAAAUGAAUAAACCUCGUGGACCGCUUUCAUUGAAAAGACUCCUCCGUCAAAGACAACACGUGACCAGCAGAGAUGGCCAGCAUGACUAGAAUAGUUUUGCCUAAACAGCUUGUGUAUCUCUGGUCUACAUCAGAAAAAUCACAGAAGAAUGAGAGUGCCAACUCUUCAUGGUGAAAACCAGUGGUGCUAAAAGAGAGACACACCUGCAAUAGAAAUAAUCCUUCAGUUCCUCUGGGAACUUUAUUAAACAUAAGCCAUUGUGACUCACAGUGCAGAUUUUACAGUCCUUUUGGUGGACACUGUCAUUUUAUCUGUAUAAGAGAUGUUACCUGACAAUGUGUAAGAAUGUGUGAUCUUGCGAUGGAGAGAAUUCUCACUAGACGUUUUAGCAAAACAUCUUUAAAUAGUCAUUGAAUUUACUGAAGCUGGUGGUUUGAUAGACAAAUUAUUCUAAUCUGUCUGGUAGAUUGAGCAGAUAUGAUGCUCUAAAAACAUUUUUCUUUGCUGAAUAUAUGUAAAAUAUAUCACUUCAUAAAUACAGUAGGUCUGUUAAUGAGCAGCUUUAUUUUAAAUUUUGGCCAAGUAGUGCAAAUCUUUUCUUUCAAAACAGCAGAUAAUCUAUCAGUUUAUUCAA